AGCAGUUGAGGGAAAGCCGUUUCGCCAUCUGGCAACACUGGUCGGCGUCGCGCGGAUCAUUUUUUGCUGUUUGCUGCUCGAUUUUCGCUGCUCUCGAUGGAAUAAACAAACCCGUGAAAGAAGCCAAUAAGUGAAGUGAAUAGUAAUUAAACGAGCGCGGCGUCGAGCAAUUAAUUGAAUUACAACUAAUCGAAUUAAGAUGUCGCAGCAUUGUGCCUGAAUUUUGAAGAGCUGGUCGAAGUCCACUGACAGCCGGAGUUGGCUGCCAUGAUGCGAUACUCGGAAAUCUCACGCGACCUGUCCACGGAUAAUCUGCGCUACUCAGAGUUGAGCAGAAAACCCGCCACGGACUACAAUGGAUACACGGGUCAGGCGUAUGCCUCGACUCAAUUCAAGCAGAGCUCACCUCCGCCGCAGCAGCAGCAGCAGCAGCCAACUCGGCUGGCCAAACAACGAAGUCCCAGUACGAACGGAAACGCCCACACCAUGGCCUGUCUGCGUCAGGAGAAGGCCCAAAAGGAUCAGCAGAUCGAACCGCCCGCUUCGAAACCGCAGGCCAGCAAAACUCUGAAUAUAAAGAGCACGCGCCGCAAGAACUCCAUCGGUUGUUUAAACAGUUUCUCCUCCUCGCCAGACUCGCCGGGCUGCUACUAUACCAUAGCAGCCUCUGCAGCACCGCCGUCCAAGUCGCAAAGUCUACCAGCCCAUGCCUCAAUCAAGCAGUUGGAUGCGGUUAUCUUGAGCGCGUUACGUGUACCCGCCGAUGUGUUGGCCAAUCAGAUUACUCUACUGGAUUUUCCUGUAUUCGCAAUGAUCCAGCCAGAUGAGCUGAGCAGUUGCGCCUGGACGAAAAAGGACAAGCAUGUCAACACCCCGAACAUUGUGGCAUUUACCAAACGAUUCAACCACACGAGCUUUUGGACAGUGCAGGAGAUAUUGAAUGCCGAGCAGCCGAAGCAGAGAGCUGAGAUAAUGACUCACUUUAUAAAGGUGGCAAAAAAGCUGCAUGAGCUGAACAAUCUGCACUCGCUGUUUGCCAUUAUUUCGGCCAUGCAAAGCGCCAGCAUUUAUCGCCUGUCGAAGACCUGGGCUUGCCUCUCAAAGAAGGAUCGCCACUCUUUCGAGAGACUCAGCGAUAUAUUCAGUGACCAGGACAACUGGGCGAACUUGCGGUCCUAUCUUGAGAGCCUGCGCCUGCCCUGCAUCCCCUAUCUGGGUCUCUUUCUCACCGAUCUUAUCUACAUUGACUUGGCGCAUCCGCACAAGGGAGGAUUGGAGCCCGAGCAGCGUCGGAAUAAGAUGAACAACAUACUGCGCGUAAUUUCGAACUAUCAGCAGUCGGACUAUAAGCAUCUGCAGAAGCAUGAGGCCACCCAAAAAUACCUGACAUCCAUAAGAUACAUAGAGGAGCUGCAGAACAUAUUCGAAGAGGAUCAAUACAAGCGUUCCUUGAACCUAGAACCUGCAUCGCCCUCUGGACCCAGCUCGUCGUCCUGCAGUUCGAAGGAAUCCUUCAACGUGGAAGCAGUUACUCCGGCUUUGGGCUGCCUGAAUCUCUCGCCGGCCAAAACCAUUGGCUCCAUGCGCAUGGCCAGCGGCACCAAGUUCGUUCCUGGUCAUCGCAAGUGCCGCAGUCUGGGCACCAAAUUUCGCAGCAGCAGCCUGCCGCGAAACUUUGCCCAGAAGUGCCAGUGCUGCAUCGUGAUGAUUGCGCCGGGCAUUGGCACCAUCUCCAACAAGCGUUGCAGAUGCCGUCGCAUUUUCGGCAAGAUUGCGCCACACAACCACGGCGAUGGACAUCCGCACCACCUGCACCUGGAACUCGAUCCCAGCCAAGUGCAGCCCCGCCACCACCUGCUGGAUGAUUCGGUCCUGGAGCACAGUGACGCCUUGUCCCAAGCGGAUCUAACAUCUUUGGAAAGUGCCGAGGGAAUUAUGUGCGAUUUCAGCGGCAGCGAUUGCGAUUUGAUGUCGCCGGAGGCAGCGGCCGCCAUGCAGGGAUGUGUCCGCCGGAAGACCGUCCAGAAGGAGGGGAGGAAGCCAGCGGUGGCCUCGUGGCAACGAUACUGGCUGCAGAUUUGGGCCAACUCGCUGGUGUACUUCCCACCGAAGUCAUUCAAGGGCAGCGAACGCAGCGACUUCAAAAGGGAACCCUGCAAAGUGUGUCCCUUGGACGGAUGGUACGCCCAUGUCAGCGAUAAUACCAAGCACAAAAACACCUUCGAACUGUGCCACCGAACCCAGGGCACCGUCUAUCGCUUCCGGACGGACAGUCCCCAGAUGACGCACCUCUGGUCGAACGCCAUUUGCAAGCUGGCCACCAUGCGCGUGCCCAAACCUCUGCCCACCAAUCUGAUGUCCUUCGAAUGAGCUGGGCCCCCUGAUCCACACAGGAACUCGAAUAUAUUGUACUCAUCUGUAGCCUAGAAUACCUAGUUUAGUUAGCUUUACCCCUCGAAACGUGCACAGCCAAAAAAAAAACACCCACCAAACCACUUACUCACUCCCUGAAACGAGGCAACCACACAACAUUCCCACAACCACAACGAACGAACAAAUUGCAGCCUGCAUCUAGAUGAAUCGAUUUCAAAAUGGUAUUUCAAAAGACUGACACCGAAAGAGAACCCGAGGAAAAAGUAGAGGAGGAGCAGUAACAGAAGAGUAGCCACACAACCCACAACAACAGACUAAACCGACAACGCAGGGGAAUUAGAAUCCCAAGUAUGAAACGGCCCUGUUUCUAAAGUCCAAUUGCACUUGAGAUUUUCGGAAAUGGAAUUGAUAACAUCAGACUUCAACGAAUAAGCCAUUUCUAAUUUGGAAAACAGGGCUGUCCAUUAAUGUUUAUGUGCUGUCUUUGCUGUAUUUUGUAUUGUCAAAUUAAAUAUUAGAUAAAUUAAUCGGACAUUUACUCAAAUUAAAUUCGCGCUAUUCGUGCCAUAUUAGUUCUAAAUUUGUGUUCACACAACGAUCAUUGUUGAAAGGCAAACGAAUCCGAAUUCAGUUUGCCCAACUCAUAACUUUGUAACAAAGAAUCAAAAAUGAAACGAACUUUCUACGCGUAACUAAGGGCUUUAACAUUGUAUCGCUACCACUAUCAUGAUCAACAUCAGUUAAUCUGUAAUCUGCCUUAAGUUGAUGCACUAGACAUAAAUAGAGCUAUAAAAUACAUACGUACCCGUACUCAGUAAGUUGCAUGCGUGAAUUGUAGGAAAUGAAAAUAAUGUUAGUGUUACUGUUUUUUUCUGUUGAGACGGCCUCAUGAAUUGUAACUCCUAAGCUUUGUCACACAUACAGAUUAUCAUUUGCAGCGUUUUUACAUUAGUUUAAGAAAGAAAUGCAACAAAAACAAAAUAAACCACAAAACGAAAGAAAGAAA